CGUGCGUCGCGACGCCACCAGAACACCUGCCGCGCUUGGCCUGAGCUCGCACAGUGCUUCACGAUCUUGCGCACCACUCCGAUCUCUCUUGAUCGAAGGAACGAAGGACGAAAGGAACGAAGGACAAGAAAACCGAUCCAUAUCUAUAAAAAAAGUUUCCAUUCUUUUCGCUAUUUUCGCGCUGCUUUCACCGUCUCUUUCUUAUAUUUUUCUCGUCGUGAAAUGUUCUCCAAGUUGAUUUCAACGUCGAUCUUCUUGAUCGUCAUCGCCAGCGCGAUGUUUCGCGUUGCGAGAGCAGCGGUUGCCAAUGAUCACCGUCAGCAACAGAUAUCAAAUGAAGCUGUUGCUAAUAUCUUGGCUUUCGAAAUGGGAGGGAAGGCUUCCUUCGAGAUACCUCGUGAACAUUAUCGACCCAUUACAGAGUGUACGUUUGUCACAUCAGAAACUGGACCUCUUUCUUACAUAUCGCAGUCUGACAGUGACGUCGUUUGUGGUAUAUAUUUUUUAACUGAUCCCGAUCGCACAGUGGAAAUAUAUUUCCACAGUUUCGACGUUCCCUGCGAGCAUCGUGGACUUUUGGCGAUAAUCGACGGCUGGGAAUUGAAUGGUGAAGUAUUUCCGAGCGAGAGCGACCAUCCGUUACCGAUAAAAGAAAGGGUGAACGAGUUCUGCGGUAAAAACAGAUGGUACAAAAAAACUUUUAAAACUUCGCAAAAUGCUGCACUUCUCCAGUAUAGGAUACCUGCGACUGGAAAAGGUUUCGUCGUAUCCGCGAAAUAUCCAAAGAAUCCAAGACCCUGCAACGUCCUGUCGGUCAGCACAACGGAUCCAUUCACUCUUCGCAAUUACGGUAGGCGAAUCAAUUGUACCUUCAUGGCAGUGUAUCCUGGUGCUGUGCAAGUAGUCGCGCUCGGAGUUGGCGGUAGCAGCUCGCACGGCGUCGCUCACACAACCGAAACCGGCACUUUGCGCAAGUGCGAAACGAAGAGUCCGCGGGACCAAGUGCAGAUCGGUGGUAGUCGCGGCCUCGACACCACAAAACUCGACGUAAUUGACUCCAUUUGCGGUAUUGAUUCCAAACCAGAUGUAAAGGAGCUCGUAGCGUAUGAUGUAACGUCAGUACGAUUAAUAUCGAGUGGUUACUACGAUAAUUCGGUCACAGUGGCAAUAAGUCCAAUCAUAGAUGACCAUGUAUUGGAUUCUGCUUCCGGUUUUUAAAACAAUUGCUUCAACAACUUCAUUAUCAUCCAUCGCAUCUGCUAUGCAUCUGUUCUUGACGUUUAUCUUUAAACAACAGACAUAACAUUAUAAUAUUUAGUUGCACAAACCAUAAUUCACCAUAUUCGGUAGUUUAUUUUAUAUAGAUUAUUUAUAUAUUUGUGUUGCGUAUUAAAUGGCAGUGAAACGAUAGUAUCACAUAUGUAUGAAAAAAAACGAAAGUUCUCUAUUAAGACUGAUUAUUCUAAUUAUUUUUACUAUGUGAUGAGGAUUUUUUUAAAUAUAAAACGUCUUUUAUUUAUUAUAUAAUUUUGAAUACUUUUUUGUUCAAGUAACAUUUUUGGUUCAAGGACAGCUUUAAGUAUUAGCAAGUAAACUUUUUUGAAACUUUUUGUGUUUUGCAAUUAUUGUGAUAAGUGUAAUAUUAUGGUGAUUAUUGAUAUAAUUAAGUUCUGAUAUACGUUAUUUAAUUAAAUAAUAAUAACUCUUUAAAGACUGCUU